CAAUGGCCAACCUGUUUCACUGAGAAUGUUAUCAAAAAAACAAAAUGACAUCAAACCAUUGACGUAUUUGUACGGCCCAAAAAUUGAGGUCAAAGCCACACGUUGUAAUUUUCCCGGCCGAUUUAGUUUUUAUCCACUUGUGAUAUUUUUGAGUUCAGAGGUAUUACAACUUAGCUGUAGGGUUCUGACGAUUCCGUGUCAAUAUAUUUUACUGGUGAUAAUGGACUUAUACUCCGUUACGAUAUCUCUUGAGAGAUUAUAUCUACUUUCUGUCACUUACAGACAGUACAUUUUUACAUGUAUAUGAUUUGCCCGAAGCAAAGUUGAUGGAGGGGAUGAUUAGAACAUAUAAAUACUAGUUUCGGCUGACUAUCAUUACUUCGAAGAAGCCAUGGACACACAAUUGGUUCUGCUGGUCCUGGUCAUCUGUGGGUUCGCUGUGGGACUUAAGCUUCCUGUGGAAGACGAAGACAAUGGUCUGGGCAUGCCGCCUGCCAUUGUUGGAGGAACAGAUGCCGCCGAGGAUGCGUGGCCAUGGCAGGUGAAUCUGCUGUACAGGGGAAUCUUUUGGUGUGGCGGUACACUUCUUAAUGACGAUACCGUACUGACGGCGGCUCAAUGUACCUGCCUAUGCAAGAAAAGGCAAUUAAGAGUUGUAGUAGGGGAUUACGACCGAAAAAAGAACGAAAAAAUGGAAAGAUGUGAAAAAAAGAUAAAAGUGAAGAAAAUAAUAGAGCAUCCUGAUUAUGACGGUGACGUUCUACAUGAUCUGGCAAUCAUUAAGCUUAAGAAAAAGGUUACGUUUAAUGAUUACAUUCAACCAAUACCCUGGACUGGCGAAAGACACCAUGGACUUGAUGAGCAGUACUUGUUAUGUUACUGGAUGGGGAGCAGAUAGAGGACCAUCGAGUUUGGCGAGAAUCCUUCAGGAACUUCAAACACCUGUGGUGACCAAUGAACAGUGUCAGACCGGCAUCGAGUUCAACUAUCCUGUCACUGACGAUAUGAUCUGUACGAAUUCGGAACCAAAAGGCUCCUGUUAUGGUGACAGUGGCGGUCCUCUCCAGUGUUUGGUGGAUGGUACCUGGGUACAUGCGGGAGCGGUAUCGUGGGGUAACGAGAACUGUCGAGUCGGGCCUACCGUGUAUGCGAGGACCUCUUAUCACAGGGAUUGGAUCUUGGAUAACAUGUAGAGAGUAAUACCACAAAUCAAAUAUGAACUUACACAUGCAGUCGUUGGGUGAUCAUGAUGUAACAUUUCUAUAUGUUGAUAACCUACACCGACCAUCUUAGUUAUAGGAACUGUGAAGUAGUGUAUGCUCAGAACAUUAAGAAGAUUUAGAGACUUACAAUGCCAGCGUGUUCGUGACAGAAUCCUGUAUUUCCAUGUUAACAUACUGAUGUAAAUAUUAUUUGCGCUGUUACUCUUAGCAUUGUUUUAUAUACAUGAUCAAAAAGGUGUAUAUAAACAUUCCUUAAUAAAUCUAUUGUUUUA